AUGGAACAGAACCACACUUAUUUUCAUGUGUCGCACUUUGUCUUCAAUGCUUUUCCUGGGUUUCAGGAUGGGACAUCAAGGAUGAUUAUCUUUGCAGUUUUCCUGAUGGGCUUCACUGCUACUUUGUUUGGAAACCUAAUUUUCUUAACUGUUAUGGUAUUAGACAACAGACUGCAUGUUCCUAUGUAUUACUUCAUUGGUAACCUUGCUGUAUUAGACCUAUUCAUCCCAUCAGCAACGAUUCCUGAAAUGUUGUACUAUCUAAUCAGUGAUGAUAACGUGAUUAAUUUUGGAUCUUGUGUUACACAAAUGACUUCCAUUAUGAUUUUUAGAAUUACAGAGAGCUGUUUGCUGGGUAUUAUGGCAUAUGAUCGUUACCAAGCUGUUUGCUGGCCACUUCACUAUCCCACAGUGAUGACCAAUAAGCAAGCUGUCAGACUGUCUGCUUGCUGCUGGGUAACAGGAAUCAUGAUGUCACUGUUUCUAGCAUCCUGGGUAUUUAUGACACCAUUCUGUGGACCCAAUAAAAUUGAUCACUACUGCUGUGAACUGAUUGCAAUUACUGCUUUGGCUUGUGCUGAUGUUACUGUACAAGAUGCAAUUAAUUUUGUGGGUGCUAUGAUUGCAACAUCAGUGACUCUGUUAUUCAUUGGUUUUUCAUAUGGAAAAAUUGGUGUCUCAGUGCUUAAAGUUGCCUCCUCCCAAGAAUGCUGGAAAGCCUAUUCCACUUGCACCAGCCAUCUGUUUGUCAUUACCAUUUUCUAUCUAGUAGCAGCAGCUGUGUUUAUUUCUUACAGAGUUCCUGGAUUCUCCAUUGAUGCACGAGUAUUGGCUGGUGUGGUGCAGAACAUUCUGCCCCCAUUGGUUAACCCAUUGAUUUAUUGUCUCAAAACCAAAGAGGUCAGGGUCAGUUUACUCAAGAGUCUUAAGAGAAUGACAGUUGUAACUAACAGAAUUUGA